AUGGGUGAGGUAUUACGGAUAGAUGGUUUGAAGGCGAUCACAAUAACCGAUCAGGAUGGUGUUAUAUUAAUACAAUCUGUAUUAGAUGAUGUGUCACCAGGAAUGCUUGAGCCUGCAAUAUCGACAACCUUUGCGGCAAUUAGUGAACAAGCAUCCAAAUUGGGUUUAAAAAAAAAUAAAUCAAUUGUCAGCUUGCAUGAACUUUAUCAAAUUGUACAAUUUAAUCAUUCACCCUUGAUAACUACAUUAAUUGCUGAUGCCAAUGCAAAUACUGGUGUAUUAUUAGAUCUUGAAACCGAAUUAAAGGAUGUGAUAGAUACAAUUGCAGUAGCUCUAUCUGAAAGACAUUAG